UGGUCCGCUGUCAGUGUCAUUCCUCAAGGUUUAUUGCUUGGGUUAGUGAGCGCGGCCCAGUCUGUUAGACAAUUGGAUUAGAACAACGAGCCCUUUCAAAUGAACCGCAAAUCCAACGACUCCUCCUCCGUCACGCCACUCUCCCAUCACUGACCUUGUUCUACGAUUACCGUGUGUCGCUAAACGCUGUAGCUGACGAACAAACCAUUUCUGCUGUAGCUUUACCUCGUCAUCAGCAAUGAACAUUUCAUCCUCAAACCAAUGCAGUUACAAAUAUGAGGAUUACAGGGAAACAGCUGAUUGGUUGCUGUCCCACACUGAGCAGAGGCCUAAAGUAGCCAUCAUCUGUGGCUCUGGCCUGGGUGGCCUGGCUGACCUGCUGGACAACAAGACUGUGUUUCCCUACAAGGACAUCCCAUGCUUCCCCAACAGCACAGUACAAGGACAUGCCAGUCAGCUGGUUUUUGGGGAUCUGCAGGGGAAGCAGUGUGUCUGCAUGCAGGGCCGCUUCCACUUCUACGAAGGCUAUAACAUUGCCACGGUGACAUACCCGGUGCGAGUGUUCUUCCUGCUGGGGGUGGAGACCCUGAUUGUCACUAAUGCUGCUGGGGGGCUGAACCCCAACUUUAAAGUGGGUGACAUCAUGCUGAUCAAGGAUCACAUCAACAUGCCAGGCUUUGCAGGCCAGAACCCACUGUGUGGUCACAACGAUGAAAGGUUUGGAGUGCGUUUUCCCUGCAUGUCGGACGCCUAUGACAAAGACCUUUCUGUACUGGCCAAAGAGACUGCUGAGGAGCAGGGCUGUUCCUCCUUCAUCCAGCAAGGCGUGUACUGCAUGCUGGCAGGUCCCACCUUUGAGACCAUCGCAGAGUGCAGAGCUCUUCAGAAACUAGGCGCAGAUGCUGUGGGUAUGAGUACAGUCCCUGAGGUGGUGGUGGCUCGUCACUGUGGUCUUCGUGUCUUCGGUCUGUCUCUCAUCACCAACAAGGUGGUCAUAGACUAUGACAGCCAGGAGAAGGCCAACCAUGAGGAGGUACUGGAGACCACACGCAUGCGCACUCAGGACCUACAGAGGCUGGUCAGUAACCUGUUGGCAAAGAUGUAGAUUAGCCACAAUGCAUCAACGAUCACACUGAACUGUAAGAUAUGUAGCCUUGCACGUUAAUGUACAUUAAUGUACUGCACUUACUGUAAUGCUGUAGUGUAAAUUGAAAUUCUACUAGGUACAAAUGAUUCUCAUGGUCAAUGUGAGCAAGCACUGAAAGACCAAUCAAUGGUCUGUGUAUCACGUGGACCAACAAUCAUUGAGUUGUUGUUAAUUAGUAAUGAUUAACAAUGUAUAUUUGUUCCUUGGUUGACCUAUUUUUCCACCUUUUUAGAAUCAGAGUUAUUUAUUUUUAUUGGAGACUGCUCCUUGAUGGAGAGAUCGCCAUACCUCAUCAUGGUUAUAAGAAUAAUCUAAUUGAUCAGAGUGAUAAAAAGUAAAACAUUUUUAAAAGCCUCUAACAUACACAGAGUAUACCAAACAUUAGGAGCACCUUCUUAAUAUUGAG